AUGACUGAAACCCCUACUUCUCCAAUGCUAUCAAGGGUGCACACUUCGGCCCCAGAUACGGAUUCUGCAAUAGACAGAACCAUCCCGGAGUUUCCUGCUGCUACACCAAUCGAUGAAGACAAUUACUUUAGGUUACAUAAGCCUCCUCCUUAUCUCUCACAGAUUUCCCGGGACGUGGCCGAGUUCAUCAAUUUCCAUCACAAGCAAAAUAGGAAGGUCGCUCUGGUAACUUCUGGUGGAACUACAGUUCCUCUUGAAAACAACACUGUGAGGUUUAUCGACAACUUCAGUGCCGGAACCAGAGGUGCAACGUCGGCCGAGUAUUUCUUGGAGAAUUCCUAUGCUGUCAUCUUUCUACACCGAGAGUUCUCUCUGCUUCCUUACUCUCGACAUUAUAGUCAUACCACCAAUUGCUUCUUAGACUAUCUGGCCGAGUCGCCUGAUGGUACCAAAGUAGAAGUUGAUGACAAAUUCCAGAAAAAGAUGCUAGUUGUGCUUAAAAAAUACAGAUACGCUAAGGACCAAAAUCUGUUAUUGAUGGUUCCAUUCACUACAGUGCACCAGUAUCUCUUCACGUUGAAGUUGAUUGCCCAGGAAAUGUCUGUCAUUGGUUAUGAUGCCGUAUUCUUUCUUGCUGCUGCUGUUUCCGACUUCUUUCUUCCAUCAUCCCGGAUUCCACAGCAUAAGAUUCAAUCCAAGGAAGUCGGAGGGAAGUUGGUUGUCGAUUUGGAACCUGUCCCCAAGUUUUUGAGAAGAUUGGUUGAUUCUUGGGCUCCUAUUGCUAUGAUAGUAUCGUUUAAAUUGGAGACUGAUGACAGUAUUCUCAUAGAUAAGGCUCGUGCUGCAUUGAAGAGAUAUAACCAUCAGCUUGUUAUAGGUAACUUGCUACAAACAAGGAAGAAACAGGUGGUAUUUGUGACUCCAGAAGGAGAGAGAUGGGUCAAACUAACCCCCCCACAAAUUAAGAAUCGCAUCGAUAUUGAAUCUAUUCUUGUUCCCGAAAUUAUCAGUAUGCACGGAGACUGGAUCCAAAGCAGAAAGGAGAUUGGACUGUGA